AUGUCCUCCAACUCCUCGAAUGCCUCCUCUUCCUCCGAGUAUACCUGCUUCAGAUGCAGACCCAGCUUCAUCUUCUUCAUUUCCUACUCCGUCGCCAACAUCCUGGUUCUUCUUCCUCUCUGCUCCUCCAUCUUCUACCUGGGAGUGCAAAGAUAUCGAGGGCGAGACUCAACGAUCAGAGGAAGUCACUCCGAUGUCUUCACGUAUCACAUGGCUGUGAUGGAGAUGGUUGGAGUUCUCGGCUCCAUCAUUAAUUGCCUCGGCGCCAUCUUGGCAAACCCCCUUUUAUUAAAAAUUGUUUUUUACUUCUACCUUUUCUCCACUAACGGACAAAUGCCAUUUCACAUCCUCACCUGUGUGGAGCGCCACCUGGCUGUGGUUCAUCCAAUCACCUACCUGCGUUUGAGGAAUAGGGGCGGGAUCAUGAUCAGAAACGUGAGCAUUGCGUUCGCUUGGCUGCUCUUCUUCACCUGGUUUCCUGUCUCCAUUCUCAGUUACAGCAUGGCGCCAUAUUUCUGCGUCACCACCUUCUCGAUGGUUGUCGUGACGUUCUGCAGUCUCUCCGUUCUCCGCGCUCUGAUUCGUCCAGGGCCCGGAGAAGGGGGCGGGGACAAAGGGAGGUUGGGCCAAUCCAAGAAGAGGGCGUUCUACACCAUCAUGGCGAUCAUGUUGGCUCUUUGUUUCAGAUUUUGCGGACAUCUGCUUCUUUUUUCGAUCUUGGUCUCCAUGGAUUUGGGUUUUUGUAUGCCAUGUGCGUUGUUUGUCUCCCAAGUUUGGCUGUGUUUGCCCAGCAGUCUGGUUUUACCGCUGCUGUUUCUGCACAGGGCGGGAAAACUAACGUGCGGCAAGAAAACUGAUUCAGGAUCAGAUCAGAGGUUAGACGCACAGUAGUCAGGUUUCGUCUAAACGCUUGCAAGUGUGUUGAUUUAGUCUCUGAGCGAAAUAUAUGGGAACUACCAGAAGGAAAAAAGGUUAGAAAUAAGCAAAAUAAGCAAAGACUGAUAUAUAUCAUUAGGCUAAGCAGGUUUUAACCGUUGUCCACUUUGUUUUGUGGGUUUUUUCUAAAUAGCUGUCACCUAUGAGACAUUUGUUUUUAUUCUAAUUUAAAAAAGUGACAACAUCUUGUUUAAAAUAUUGAAUUUUACACUUAAUUUCACCAGUCAGACUGGACUAAAGCCUGGUUAUAUUGGCUGUUUUUUGUAUUAAAAUAGCAACAGAAAGGGUGCAAACUCAAACAUGGCUUUAGGAGGAGCUAGCUGCAAAAGAAGUGUAAAAUAUUACAUUGAUAAUCACCAAAAACGGCCCAAAAACGGCCCAAAAACAGCCCAAAAACGGCCCAAAAACGGCCCAAAAACAGCCCAAAAACGGCCCAAAAACAGCCCAAAUGUGUGUCAGAGUUGUUCCUAAUCAUUUGAAAUGUGUGUUUGUGAUGCAAAUAACAACAAUAGAUUAUAUUCCAUCUCCCUUUACUCUAUUCAUCAGUGAUCUCUGUUUACUGUCACGCUUUGAUUACAGUGUGACUUCAUGCAUGAUCCAUGAUGAUUAAAAUACAGAAGUGUAAACGUUAUAAAGGAGAAC